AUGAGCGAGGAGAAGAUUCGGGACUUCGAGACGUCGCUAUGGGACCCACGCAUGAAGGGGCAACGGCGGCAGACGUUCAAGAUCCUGGGAAUGUACUUUGUCCUGUGCUCUGCUGCAGUAUGGGCGUGUCUCUCCAUCUUCUGGGGCUCGACAUACCUACUCGAACACUACUUCCCGAACGCCAAAGUCUACGUCUAUGACUUCGACUCAACCGCCAGUCAGAAUCCCCUUCGUGGGCCGGCUGUCGUUCAAUACCUCCGCUCGACACUCGACGCUCCCGUCCACAUGGGCGUGAUCAUCCGCGACCCAACUGGCAAGACGUUCGACGACGUUGCGAAAGAGAUUGUGGGUGAGAAGGCGUGGGCGGCGGUCGUUAUCAACGCGAACGCGACGAGCAACUUUCGCGAGGCGGUUGCGGGAACCGGAGGUCUGCUGGACGGGCGGUGGGCGCCAGAGGGGGCUAUCUCGCUGGUCGUCUCCGGAGCAAGAUGGUACCAAGUCACGGACGACUAUAUCCUGCCGUACCUCGGGGAGCAGAUGCGGACGCCGACGCAACAAGCUUCUCGACAGGCAGUUGCGCGAUGCCUCUCGACUGUGACUCCUGCAACGCUGGGCGGUCUCUCACAGACUCAGCAAGCCGCACUUUUGACGCCGUUCUCCUAUCAAAACACCGACCUUCGACCCAUUCAUCCCAAUCAGUGGUCGGGCGCUGCGCCCCAAGAGGCAGGCUUGAUCUACUACACAAUCUUCGCCUUCCACAUCUCGAUCUUCCUCUUCUUCUCCCGCAUGCCGUUCCUCGGGGCUAUCAAGAAGCAGGGAGUUCGCAUGACAUGGCUGUCGACGUGCGCGCUACGCUUCCUGCCGACACUUCCGGCCUACGUUCUUCUCUCGCUUUCGUAUUCCCUCAUCAACAAGGCAUUCAUGAUUCCUGUCGACGGCAACGGAUACGCCAAGUUCGGCCCUCAAGGCGGCUUCAUGAUCUUCUGGAUGCUCAACCUGAUGACGCUCUUUGCGCUCGGCUUCGCUAUGGAGUCCAUGAUCACCCUCCUCACCCUCAAGUUCUUCCCGUUCUUCCUCAUCAGUUGGAUCAUCCUCAACAUCUCGUCGUCGUUCUUCCCGCCUACCUUUGCGGAGAAAUUCUACCACUACGGCUACGGUAUGCCUUUCUACCAUUCGAUCACCGGCGCCCGCUACAUCAUGUACGGCACACGGGAUCGGUUAGGCCUCAACUUUGGUGUGCUCACAGCAUGGACCGUCUUGUCUGUCGUCACGACCUGCCUCUUCGAACUGAUGUGGCGGCGAAUCGAGGAGCGGAAGGAGCGGAAAGAACGGGCGAAGGACGUUGAGGGACAGUCUUCGUAA